AUGGCCAGCUUUUUCUACAACGAAUUGCGUCGCGCUCUUUCCGAGCAAACAUUUGGCAUCGCUCGGUAUGAAGUUGCAACUCCUGUCUCGGCGUACGAGGCCACAGCUUCAGUCACGGUGCUGGAGGGCUCUUGUGUCUCGGUAACCUUGACCGGCCGUGGCUAUCAUGUAGGUAUCGGUCUUAGCAACGGCCAAACAUUCGAGACCAUCGAAGAUUUGUUGAUGUCAAUCAGUCCAAAAUACGCGCAACAGCGAUCAGAUGCGCUUUUUGCCAAACUCCGGGGUCUCCAGUGA